CAAAAGCUAACACUCAUCAAUCUCACUGAUAAAACUCAUCGUUGUGGCUGCUGAUUUUUUUAAAAAUUACAGCUUUAUCUUCAAAAAAUUAAUUGCCGGGAAAAUGGAGCUCCAUGGGCACAGAGGUUCAAAUCCUAAGGUUGUUCUUGCAUCCCUGUUGAACAAAAGAGAAAAGCUUCAAGAAGAACUACGAAAUGUUGAAAAACAAGUUUAUGAGCUAGAGACGAGUUAUUUGCAAGAAUCGGGCACUUUUGGGAACGCGCUAAAAGGUUUUGAAGGAUUUCUAUCAACAUCGAAUAAGAAUUCAAACCUCAAAAGGUCAAGAAAAUUCCAGCUUGAAGAUAGGUUAUUCUCAUUGUCUUCAGUCACUUCACCAGCGGCGGAAGAGCUUGGACUUGGACGUGAAGAUGGAAGACCAGAUCCUACUCAAGGUCGCAUGAGGGGCGGAGGUUUUGCAAAUAACGGACAGGGUAAACCAAAGAAGGGAAGAACAGGACCACGAGAUGGAAAGAAGUUCCGAAUAUCAAAUGACAUGGAUCUUGAUGAUGAAGAUGAUCCAGAUUCAAUCUUGAGAUAGCUAUCUCUAACUUUAUAUCAAGAACUCUGUAUUGUUGUCUGUUGUACCAUAGUAUUGUAUCAUCACUCGGUUAAAUAAAAUCGUAUAUAACAACUAUGUAUGCAGCUGAUUAAUUUUGAGCUCACUAAAUUAUUUGGUUGUGGAUGUGCCCAAAAACUUCCCUAGACAAA